AUGGCCAAAGAAGAUUCCACCACCAUUGUAACCACUGAAAGUGAGAUUAGUGUACUCCACCGCUUCAUUUACCUUGGUUACAUCUUCAGUCAUAAAUCCUUUGAUUCAAAGUUGGCAAAGGGGUGCACAAUCGAUCGUCUCCAGCGUGUCCGUCCAUCAAUUGUCCUAUCAUUGCCAAUUGCGACGCCCCUCAAAAUCAUCGCCAUAGCCGAUUCCAACCACCGUCGUCUGGAUACAAUACAAAGCAUCCGAACAACAAUUUCGUGUUUGUUCCCAACAAGCCCUUUGUCUUCAUCGGAGCUGCAAUACACGACUGCUUCUCUUUCCCUGCUCCACCAUCGUUUGUAUGGUCCGACUAUCUUUUGUUAUUCAAAUAAGGGAGAAUCAGGACAUUGCAUUGAAGAGUGUCGAGACACCACCAUGAACAAGGAAUGUACUAUAGAGAAAAGUGAGAAAAAAGUAGAAAUAGAGGAAGAGAAAGGCAAAAUGAAGAAGAAAGAGAUUAAAGUAUUAGGAGAAGGAGCAGCAGACGUGAGAAUUGAUGAAGAAAAGAUGGAGUUAUAUGUUUCACUUGACACAAGUGAGGAAAUUAGCAACAAUGUGCCCAAGAAGGACAAAAAGGAGGCCCCUAGGCGGAAUGAGCUUGAAUUUGAGUUACACUUGUAA